AUGACAUCUUACUACGAUAACGACUUGGUCGGUUAUUACGACGACAGUGGUGUUUUUAAACCCUGGAUGAAUUCAGACUACCGCUAUUCGUAUAGGGAUUCACGACAAAUAAGUGGUGAUUUGCGCUAUGGUAAACGGAUUUAUAUUUACAGAGACUACACAAGUACCCCUAGUUAUUAUCAAAGUACAUAUUCACCAAGUUAUAACUAUGUGUCUCCUCUACGUCGUUUUCGAUCAUAUGGUAGUCUCUCAGAUUAUGGGAUGAAUUCGCUUUAUGGCUAUUCAUAUUCACAUCCAGCUUCUCAACUUCAACGAGUAGAUAUAUAUGACGAUACUCUGUUUAUUAAUUUUGCUGAGGUGUUACAAAUGUCAUGUCGUCGAAGAAGUCAUACAACUCCAGGUUAUUUACAUCCUAGAACUUUGGAUGAUCGGAUUAGGGACGACUAUCGCUAUAAUUAUCGGGGAUCAAGACGCUCAAGGCCCUAUCAACCAAAUUAUGACGACUACUACUCACGUCCGCCUUCUGUAUAUCAGCCUGUAGAAACAUAUGCUAGACCUCGUGAGUCCUACUACGUCCGUCCGCCUUCAGUUUACCAGCCUACAGAAACACUGUAUCCGGGGCCUAUGCCAAAUAGUUAUCAGCGUCAUAGUUAUGCUCAGCCCGUUUCUUAUCAGCCCGUUUAUCCAUCAUAUCGCGCAUCUGUUGGGGAUGCGUACGCUCCAAGCACCUAUUCGUCGUAUCCACUUCGUCGUUCAAUAUCUAACACUCGUCUGAUAGAUCCUGACACGAUUUCCAAUAAUGGCAAUACACUUUCAUAUUCUCCGCGUACAUACCCAAGGGUUCAGAUUUACCAUACAAGGAGUAAUAACGAUGGGUACUAUUAUUAA